AUGGUUAAGUUGAUCACGCAGGUACGCGGUCACACGAGGAAAAAAAAGAAGUCAAUAUGGCUGCCAAAACGGUUAAGAGCCGCUGUUGGCCAAAGAAGAAUGUUUCCUGAAACAUUUCAAAUGGUGCUGGGAAUAAUUGGUCCAGGAUUACGUGCUAUUAAUGAUACAACUGGUACAAGAAUAAUGUCUGAGGAAAAACAAUUACUUAUUGCCAUCUGGUUUAUGGCUACACCUGAUUCUUACAGAUCUGUAGCUACGAAAUUUGGAGUAGGCAAAGCAACUGCAUUUCGAGCACUGAGACGUGUUACAUAUGCUCUCCAUUGUAUUGCACCUCGAUUUAUUACAUGGCCAAGAGGUCAGAUUGCCGUAAAUGUAAUGGAACGAUUUGAAAGAUCUUGCGGCUUUCCCAAUGUAAUUGGAGCUAUUGAUGGGACACAUAUAAAAAUUCGAGCUCCUUCUGAAGAUGCAAACUCAUACGUUGGAUCUGUCCACGACUCUCGAGUCUUUCGAAGCUCGGCAGUAGCCCGUUUUGUUGAAUUGGAAUUUGAAGAAUAUUUUCCAAAUGAUUCACAUAUUAUCGGAGAUGCUGCAUAUAGCAUUCAUCCUCAUGUAAUGGUGCCUUUUCGAAAUAAUGGGCAUUUAACAAAUCGGCAAAAAAAUUUAAAUUAUUGUUUGUCAUCUACGAGAAUGGCAAUUGAACGUGCUAUAGGAUCGCUGAAAAUGCGCUUUAGAAUACUUCUGGACUGUUUAACAGACAUUAAAAAAGUUCCAGAAUUCAUUUUAGCAUGCUGUGUGUUAUAUAAUAUUUGCCUACUCCAAAAUGAUGAGAUGCCUAUGGGUAUACAGUUCGCAUACAACGAAGAUGUUGAUUUUAACGGUCAUGGCAAUGCAGUAGAAUUAGGAAAAGAAAAGCGAAACAGAAUUAUGAAUGCGCUACAAAUGAAAAUAUAA